GGCCGUGCCGGGGCGGUUCCGGGGCGGGCCCGCGGCAGCGCGGCGGGGCGGGAGCUGUCGGUGUCAUGGCGCUGAACCUCGGCAAGAACGGGCGGGCGCUGCAGGAGGCCUACGGGCGGGUGGUGGCGGUGGGGAGCCCCACCGACUGGGCUCUGUUCACCUACGAAGGCAACAGCAACGACCUGCGCGUGGCCGGCUCCGGGGAUGGUGGCCUGGAGGAGAUGGUGGAGGAGCUCAACAGUGGGAAGGUGAUGUACGCCUUCUGCAGGGUGAAGGAUCCCAACUCCGGCCUGCCCAAAUAUGUCCUCAUCAACUGGACUGGGGAAGGUGUGAAUGACGUGAGGAAAGGAGCCUGUGCCAACCACCUCAGCACCAUAGCCAACUUCUUAAAGGGGGCUCAUGUCACCAUCAACGCUCGCGCCGAGGAGGACGUGGAGCCUGAACUCAUCAUGGAGAAGGUGGCCAAGGCCUCUGGGGCCAACUACAGCUUCCACAAGGAGAACAGCAAGUUCCAGGACUCGGGCCCUCAGGCUCCUGUGGGCUCUGUCUACCAGAAGACGAACGCAAUGUCCGAAAUCAAGAGGGUCAAUAAAGAUAAUUUCUGGGCCAAAGCUGAGAAGGAUGAAGAGAACCGGCGGCUGGAGGAGAAGAGGAGAGCAGAGGAGGAGCGGCAGCGGCUGGAGCGGGAGCGGAGGGAGCGGGAGCUGCAGGAGGCUGCAGGGAGGGAGCAGAGAUACAAAGCGAGAUCCAAUGAGAUCGAAGCCCAGAAGAGACUCCAGCAGCAGCAAGAGGCAGAGAACAGGGACAAGGAGCAGCAGCAAUGGAAGGAGCGAGCUGAAGAGUACGAGGCCAGGCGGCAGAAGGGCUGCACGAGGAGCGAGUCAGUGGAGAAGGCGCAGGAGGCUGCCUCGCUGAUAGCACAGAGAGAGGUGAACCCCCGGGACAUCUUCAAGCAGAGGGAGAGGUCGGUGCCAGUGGACACAGCAGCAGCUUCGCAGCCAGGCAAGCUUCGCAGCCCUUUCCUGCAGAAGGAGGUGGACUCAGUGCCGAGCCCUGCCUGCCCCGGGUCCCCUGCCCGGGGCGCUGCCCCGACCGCCUUCAUCCCCUCUGCUGCACGGGGGACGCCUCCAGCCUCUCCGGUGCCCGCAGCAGGGCGAGACUCUGGGUACAAUUCCAGCGUCCCAGCUUCCCACGAGGAAGAGGCAAAUCUGUACGAGGAGCCACCGGACUCCUCGGCCAUCUAUGAAGAACCCCCUCGGGAACAUGUGGAUGAUGCCAAAUACGAGUACCCGGUGGAGUACCAGCAGCCGGACCUGACGGGGAAGGGGAUCUGUGCCCGGGCGCUCUACGACUACCAGGCUGCUGAUGACACUGAGAUCUCCUUUGAUCCGGAGAACAUCAUCACCAACAUCGAGAUGAUCGAUGAGGGCUGGUGGCGCGGCUACGGCCCCGACGGCCACUUUGGCAUGUUCCCGGCCAACUACGUGGAGCUCAUCGAGUGAGGGGCCAUGGGGCUCACUGCCAGGCUCCUCCCGCUCCUCCCAACGGCUCUGCCUUUGAUUUCCUCCUCUUUUGACUCUGAUUCUCUCUCCACACUGGUGCCAUCGCCCCGCUCCCGGUGGGGCUGACCCCAGCACUGCUCCCUUCUCCCAUCCCCUAUUGCCAGCCCUUGGUUGGGAUGAAGGCCCCGGUCCCAUCCCGAGCCCUGCAGUGCUCCUACCUUUGGGUCAGGCUCUGAAUUUUCUUGCAGGGCUCAGGGAUAAGGGAUGACAAAUCCCUUCCAGGGCAUUUUCAGGGAACAAGUUGCCUCUUUCCCCACGCUCCCUCUGACCCUGUGGCCGCAGCAGAGCAGCUUUCCCCGUUCUGGCUCGCUGGCGAGGCCCUUGCAUUGACUCUAGCAUCUCUCGGGGUUUAACAUCACCUGCAGAGAUGAAACCUCCUCUGCAGCGUUGUCACCACCCCUGAAACUCGCCGUGAGCGUCCCCCUCUGCUGUCCCCACCACAGGGGUUUGCUCUUCUCUUCCCUGUCCCCAAACCACGCUCCAGGCUGUGUGAAUGAGCUCCCAUGGAGGGCGCCCAGCAAGGCCAAAGGAGGGUUUGGGUCUAUCUUUUGGUCUGUCUCCCAUGAGUGUGGGACCCCCCCCCCAUCACCCCAAAUUCACUGUGAACAAGGAAGAGCCCAGCCCAGCCGCCACCUUCCCCUUGUUGAGUCUCUUCCCUGGUGUUGCUUUAGAAGUAGGAGAGGAUGGGUUUGAGGGUACCCGUUCCCCCCGUGGCCCUGUGGGCUCUUUCCCCACUGCUUGCUCCUCCCCAUCCCUCCCAGCAACAAUAAAAGGGCUUUUCUUUGGUGA